UUAUAAGUCAAUGCAGCUGGGAACGUGCACAGAAUCCUGGUACUGAGAAGAAACUACACUUUUCUAUACAAACAAGAAGAGACACGGGGAAAUCAUGCGGUUCAGCAUCCUCUUCUUCAUCGUCCUCCUGGGAUUCAUCUACCUCACACUGGCACAAGGCUCGUAUGAGGACUGCUGUCUGCAGUAUGUCAGGAAUAUUAAACCAUCUAUGAAAAACAGACUGAUCAGCUACAGAAGACAACAGAUGGAUGGAGGCUGCAACAUCCCAGCUAUUGUCUUUACACUGAAACGUGGCCGUAUGAUUUGCACCGACCCUAGGGAAAAAUGGGUCCAUGAACUCAUGCGGAGGGUGGACACAAUGACAGGGGGCUCAUUUAUGAAGAGGAAGAAUCUAAGGGGUUAAAUACACCAAUGGCAGCCGAGAGAGGACCAGAGGGAAAGCAGCCCGGGUGUCUCGGCCAAUCACGUUCUUUCUUUGAGAUCUGGCUCUCCAAGCGCACAUUUCAGCAUGGAUUGUGAUUUUCCGGUGUAUCUGGUAUAUCAGGUGGCAUUUCCUGUUUCCAGACUUUUGUUGCUUCACUGACAGACUGCUGCUUAAAUGCUCAGAAUGGGAGAUGGCCAUUAUUUUCAUUUUCCACAUGCUGCCGUUGCCUUCUGUUAUAAAACCUUGUGAGCUGCCUGCUUAGAAAGCCCAGAAGCAUACUUGGGUUUAGCGCAUGCGCACUGUCGAACACGCAGCAUUUAUUUAAUAAUGUGUGCGAACGUGAGCCCUUGACGCAUGCGCACUAACAAGAUUCAUCCUUGUCCAGCACUUUUCUUCUCAAAGUCAUGUGCGAAAGAAUGUCUUCAUUCUCGUUUAAACUAUAAUGUUGGGUGUAUUUUAAUCUCCUCACUCAAGCACUCCUCAAGUCUUUUGCCUGUUUGUUGUUGUUCUUAUUCAGUCAAAAGUUGUUCUGCAUUAUAAUCAACCCAAUCAGCGCUCAUGUAAACCACAUUU